AUGGACAAGCUUAUCAAUUUCGCAAAGGACGCUCUUGGCAAGCAAGACAAUGACCGUCGCGAGGACGAUGAUCAGUAUGAGAGGAAGCACGGUGUUGGUGGGUACGAGCAGAAUGUAGGCCAGGGUGAGGGGUAUGGUGGACAUGGCGGUAGACCCCUGGCCGGCGGCUACGAAGGCUCCCAGCAAGGCUACGGCUCCCAAUUCCCUCCUCAACAACAAUCUUCUGGCGGCGACUACGACCGUCAACCCGGCUACGGUGGUCAGCAGGGCUACUCUAACGACGCCGAAGGCUAUAAUCCAAUGGGAGGCAGCGGCGGCGAAGCCGGCUCCUACUACGCUGGCCAGCACCAAGGCUCUUACGAGGGUCUCGAGCAAGGCCGCGACCCCCGCUAUGGCCAGGGUGCCGGCAACUUCGGUACGAACCCCUACGGCGGUCCACCUACCUCCUCGUCCAUGACCGGCGGCGGCGGCUUCGGCGCCAUGCUCUCCCAACUCGACUUUGGUAACGCCCAGAACGAGGCUGAUAAGUAUGCCGAUAAGGAUGAGGACAAGGGUUUCUUUGCGGAGGCGUUGGACAAGUUGAAGGGGGAUGAUGAUGACGAUGACAUUGAUGAGGAGAAGUUGGUGAGGAGUCACCAGGCUGCAUACUCGGGUGGCCAGACCGUUGGAUCCGGCGGUAUCGGAAACGCCGCAGCUUUGCAGACCAUGAAGAUGCUUAUGGGUGGUGGUAGUGGUGGUUCGUCGAUGGGCGGAAUGGGGGGUAUGGGUGGACAGUCUCAGUCCUCGUUCGUCGGAAUGGCAAUGGCUCAGGCUGCUAAGUUGUUCGAUAACAAUGCUGCUCAGGGCAACGUCGCCGGUGGAGCGAACAAGCAAGAUGCCAUUUCCCAGGCAGCGAAGACGGCUAUGAAACUCUACAUGAAGAGUCAGAUGUCUGGUGGAUCUGGUGCUGGUGGAGGCUUGAUGAGCAUGUUGGGCAAGUUCAUGUAA